AUGCCACCACGCAGGAGCGGACGGAAUGCUGCUAAACCUGAGGGCUUUUUCAAAGAGCUGGCGUUGCAAAAGAGGGCCGAAGAAGCCGAAGAAGUAGCAGAACAGGCGCCAGCCCUGAAAGCGCCCAAGAGGAAAACCGCCUCUAAGCCUAAGAAAAGUCCACCUGCUACUAAGUCCGGUCGAGUCAAGAAGACCAAAAAGAAGGCUGCACCCAAGAAGCCUGCUGCUGCUCCUGCUGCCACCAAUCCGAAGAGUUCUUCCAAGACUCCGUCGAAAAAAGGCGCGAGUAGGGACCCAAGACUGCAGCUGGAUUCCACCAUGAAGGAGCCUAUUCCCGUAUAUGUACCUGAUGAUUUCGAAGGUGACGAAAAGACACCGUCCCCACCCUCUCACCGCAAGAUCAAGAUCAAGAAUGCAAAGGUCAGUGCUUCCAGCUAUACGUAG